UCCGUCUCUUAAGCCAUGUGCGUUUACCAGUGACAUGAUAUCAGGCACGGGAUUGUGUUAAUCAAAACUUAAUAUAUUUCUUGUUUGUUGUUAAACUUAGUGAACAGCACAGUUGGAAGGCAGGAUGUCCUACUGCAGAAAGGAGGGAAAGGACCAGAUUAUCUUUGCCACUAAGGAGGAUCUGGAUCAGCCAAGCUCCGCAUUGAUACAAGUGGAGGAGGAGGAGGAACCGGGUUUAAUCCUUCCCAACGGAGACAUCAACUGGAACUGUCCAUGUCUCGGGGGAAUGGCGAGUGGGCCGUGCGGCGUGUCCUUCAGGGAGGCCUUCUCCUGCUUCCACUACAGCGAGGCCGAACCCAAGGGGUCUGACUGCUACCAACAGUUCCGCGCCAUGCAGGAUUGCAUGACCAGUUACCCAGAACUUUACCCCUCCAAGGAUGACGACGAGGAGGAGGCAGAUAAGGAGAACAGACUGAACAAUGACGAAACUAAAACCGAGACUUUAGAAUCUCUUACAGUAGCCAGUACUGAUAAGAAAACAGAAAAAGAAUCUUCAUGACAUAAUAACGAUUUGUAUAGGUAAAUCAUUGCAUUCGCUGUUGUGGUGAUCAUUUUUCCAAUUUGAUUUUGGAAAUAAUAUGUUUAUUAUCAUCUCAGUGAAACUGGUGGGUCCAGGAUUGGGGUCGGGGAUCAGGUACUCCGACGGUUCACUGAUUCAUAGGUAUACAUUUGAUCGUCACGUCCCCGUCUUCUCGAACAUAAUUCAUUGAAGUAAAGAAGCAAUUCAACAUGAGAACUCACGGCCCACAAAAGAUUUUGACAAUUCAUACAUUUUAUUCCUCCCCAACCCCUUGAAAGAAUCCUGGAUCCACCUAAGAUCAAUUCUGAUAAUUCUGAUGAUUGAAUGAUUCAGAUGCUAACACAUGAAAUCACAAUGUUAUGAAUGAGUCAUUUUACUCUUAGAGUGGUUAUGAUGGAACAUUAGAGGAUGGGUGUAGUUGUGUAUGUACAGGUGUGUGUGAAGUUCAUGCAGGUUACAUCUUCCCAAGACACGAGUGUUGGCUGGUCUAUAGUAGGGGUGGGUAUUGCAGAGAAUUUUCAUAUUGCGAUAUAUUGCGAUGCAAAAGCAUAUAUUGCGAUAUGUAUUGCAAUAUAUUGCAAGAAGUAU